AUGAUAUCUGAUCAUAUCGUCGUUCUUGGGGCCGGGGUUUCCGGGCUCACCACCGCAUUGCUUCUGUCUCGGGAUCCUUCAAAGAAGAUCACGGUAGUGGCAAAACAUAUGCCGGGGGACUAUGAUAUUGAAUAUUGCUCCCCAUGGGCAGGAGCGAGUUUCUUCCCGGUUGGAAAGCCGAACACCGCCCAUGGUAAAUGGGAACGAGCCAGUUGGCCAGUUUUGAAGCAACUGGCUGACAAACAUCCCGAGGCAGGUAUUUGUUUCCAACCUACACUUGUCUUUAGCCGCGCAGAAGACGUCAACUCUGCCACAGGGCAAUGGUUUGCAGAGCUUGUGCAGAAGGACCCAUGGUACAAAGAUCUCGUGGACAAUUUUGAGGAAAUUCCAGCUGAGAAACUGGGCUCCGGAAUCGAGAAUGGCUCACGCUUUACGUCCGUGUGCAUCAAUACCGCAAUAUACCUGCCCUGGCUCCUAGGUCAAUGUUCUAAGAAUGGGGUUCAAUUCAAAAGGGCGACAUUCAAACAUGUGGCCGAGGCAGGGUAUGCACACCACUCAGGCAAGAAAGCCGACGUCGUUGUCAACUGCACUGGAUUAUCUUCCAAAUCCCUUGGCGGUGUCCAAGAUGACACUCUUUUUCCAAUUCGUGGGCAGGUAGUCCUUGUGCGCAACGACCCCCACGCUAUGUACUCUGUAUCUGGAUGCGAUGAUGGGGAAGAUGAAGUUGCAUAUAUGAUGGCUCGAGCUGCAGGAGGCGGCACAGUCCUUGGAGGCUCUUAUCAGAAGAACAAUUGGGAUCCACUUCCGGACCCCAAUCUCGCUGUUCGAAUCAUGACAAGAGCCGUCAAAUUAUGCCCCAAACUUGUGAACAAAGGCCAAGGCAUUGAAGGACUCGAUGUUAUUCGACAUGGGGUGGGGCUACGUCCUGCUAGAGAAGACGGACCGCGUGUGGAAAAGGAGGUAGUGGAUGGUCUCUCCGUGGUGCAUAAUUACGGUCAUGGGGGCUUCGGGUAUCAAGCCUCGUAUGGUUGUGCAGCCACGGCAGUCAUACUGAUCAAUGAAGUUAUCCUAGAGAAGGAUAGAGCAAAGAUGUGA